UUUCAACAUUCUUACCAUUUUCUCCCCAAAAAUUCCCACCCGGCCCCGCUCGUUCCGCCCAGCGUUUCGUCCACAGCCCAGAUACUGGAUCCUUCUGUAGAACCUCCUACCACUUCUUCAGACGAGACUGCUCAGAAGAAAUCAAUUACUUCUGCUUUGGGUGGCUGGCUAUCCUUGCAUUGUUUCCUGAUUUUCUCCUUUCUAUCAAGAACAAGUGAACAACCAUGGCAGACGCAGUCCUUUCUGGGCUCCUCGGAGUCGUGUUUGACCGGCUGGCGUCUCCCGAGUUGCUGAACUUUGCUCGCCGAGAGGGACUUGAUCAAAAAAAGCUGGACAAGUGGAGCAAAACGUUGAAAAGAAUUGAGGCAGUCCUUGGUGAUGCGGAUGAGAAGCAGCAUACUGAGAGGGCUGUGAAAGACUGGUUGGAUGAUCUCAGAGACUUGGCUUACGAUGUAGAUGACAUACUGGAUGAGUUUGCCACAGAAGAUUUGCGACAGAAAUUGACGGGAGGAAAUCAGGCCAGCCCAAGUAAGGUACGGAACCUCAUCCCUGCUUGUUGUACUGGGUUGACUCCAAGUACUGUUAAGGUCAACAUGAGGCUGGGGUCAGAGAUAGAGAAGAUUACUGCUCGAUUCAACGAAAUGGUGACACAAAAAGAUGAUCUGAAAUUGAGUAAAAAUGUUGAUAGGAGGUCAUACAGAACAAAAGAGACACUCGCCCCAACUUCUGUAGUGACCGAAGCUCAUGUUUAUGGCAGGGAAAAAGAUAAAGAGGCUAUACUUGAAUUUUUGCUGGGUGAAAAACGUAGUGAUGUUCAAGUUUCUGUGAUUCCUAUAAUUGGUAUGGGGGGUAUAGGAAAGACAACUCUUGCCCAGCUUAUAUACAAUGAUGAAAAAGUGCAGAACUUUUUUGAUUUGAAAGCAUGGGCUUAUGUUUCUGAAGAUUUUGAUGCUGUUACGGUGACAAAAACAAUUUUACAAUCUCUCACCUCUAAAAGCUGUGAUCGCAUGGAUCUAAAUUGGUUGCAAGUCAAACUAAAGGAAAAACUGAAAGGGAAGAAAUUUCUAGUCGUUCUGGAUGAUCUUUGGAAUGAGAACCACCAUUAUUGGACUAUCUUACGUGCUCCUUUCGAAGCAGGGGCUUCGGGAAGUACAAUUAUCAUCACAACUCGCAAUGAGGGAGUUUCAUCAAAGACGGGUACCAUUCCAGCUCACUCUUUGAAAGGGCUGUCAAAUGAUGUUUGUUUGUCUAUAUUGUCACGUCAUGCAUUGGGCACAAGAGACUUCAGUGGACAUCAAAACUUCAAAGAUAUUGGUGAGGAAAUUGUUAGAAGGUGUAAAGGCUCUCCUUUGGCAGCAAAAGUACUCGGAGGCGUCUUAUGCAAUAAAUUAGACCGUGAUGCAUGGAAAGAAGUAUUGAAUAGCAAUAUAUGGGAUAUAGCAGAAGUGAAAAAUGAAAUUGCUCCAGCUCUUAUGUUGAGCUAUCACCAUCUCCCGUCACAUUUAAAGAGGUGCUUUGCUUAUUGUUCAGUACUCCCCAAGGACUAUGUAUUUGAGGAGAAGCAAUUGGUUCUACUAUGGAUGGCAGAAGGUUUACUUCAGCCACAAGAAGGGAGAAAGCAAAUGGAAGAUUUGGGUAGCGAGUAUUUUCACAAUUUGUUGUCAAGGUCGUUCUUCCAACAAUCAUUCAAGGAUGGAUCACGAUUUCUAAUGCAUGAUCUUAUCAACGAUUUGGCUCAAUGGGUUGCUGGAGAUAUAUGCUUUAAAUUGGAGGAUAGAGUUGGGGGUAAUAAUGGAAGGAAACCUUCUAGAAAGACUCGACAUUUGUCUUACUUGGGUGGUCAAUAUGAUGGCAUUCAGAAGUUUGAGAUUUUUUAUGAUCUCACUUAUUUACGAACCUUUUUGCCUCUUAUGCUUCCAAAUCCAGGCCAGUGUUACUUGACUCGUAUGGUUCCUCUUAAAUUGUUGCCAAAAUUAAGACGCUUAAGGGUGCUCUCUUUGAGUGGAUAUUGCAUAUCUGAGCUACCAGAAUCAAUAGGUAAUCUGAAGCAUCUACGAUACCUUGACCUUUCUUACACCCCAAUUAGAGAAUUGCCUGAAUCAAUAACCACUCUUUACAAUUUACAGACAUUGAUAUUGGAGCGUUGUCUUUUUCUAAAGAAAUUACCUUCAAAGUUUGGAAACCUAAUCAAUCUGCGACAUCUCAACAUUCUAGGAGCAAAUGCAUUGGAAGGAAUGCCUAUGCAAAUAGGUAAAUUAACUUGUCUCCAAUCAUUGUCUAAUCUAGUUGUGGGAAAAGGUAGUUGUUUUGGGGUAAAGGAGUUAGGGCCUUUACUGCAUCUUCGAGAGACACUUUGCAUUUCAGGAGUGGAAAAUGUGAUUAAUCGUGAGGAUGCGAUGGAUGUUAGGUUAAUUGAAAAGCACAAUCUUUAUGGGUUGUCAUUGGAAUGGAGUGACAACUUGGAUGAGUCACAAGAUAGAACAAGUGAAUUAGAGGUACUUGACAUGCUACAGCCUCACAAGGGUUUGAAAGAGUUCACUGUCAGACACUAUGGUGGUGCAGAAUUUCCGACCUGGUUAAGAGUUCCUUCAUUUUCUAAUAUGGUGCUCUUGAAAAUUGAAAGCUGUGCAAAGUGCACAUUAUUGCCACCAGUCGGACAACUACCAUCACUUAGAGACCUUUUCAUCGAAGGCAUGACCAAUGUGAAGAAUGUUGGCCUUGAGUUUUAUGGGGAAGGUUGCUUACAACCUUUUAGAUCGUUAGAGACUUUGUGUUUCGAUAGCAUGCGAGAAUGGGAGAAUUGGAUUCCUUGUAGAGAAUUCCCAAAAUUGCGAGAGCUUUCUAUUCGAUGGUGUCCCAAGCUGUUGGGUAAGCUACCAAACCACCUUCCUUCAUUAAAAAAUAUUGUGAUAUAUGAAUGCAGGCAAUUGGUGGUUUCAAUUUCCAGCUUUCCAGAGCUAUGCAAACUAGUAAUUGAGGGAUCAGAAGGGGUGGUGCAUGGACUAGAUUUACCAUCUAAAUUGAGAAAUAUCGUGAUCCAAAAGUGCGAGGUCCUAGAAUGUUUACCCAAGGCAAUGAUGUACAACAACACGUAUGUUGAGGAUAUUCAUAUUAGUGAGUGUACUUCACUACUGUACUUUGCAAUAGGCCAACUACCUCCAACUCUAAAGCGGCUAUAUAUAAAUAAGUGCACAAAUAUGGUGAUUUUGGUGGAUGGGGAUGAUAUCAACAGUUGCGGCAACAACACAUCUCUUCUUGAGUACUUGGAAAUUAGUGAUUGUCCAUUCCUAAAAUCCUUAACAUCAAGUGGAGAAUUACCUGCAACACUUCAACACCUAAAAAUUUGGAAUUGUAAGAAGCUGGAGUUGAUAGCGAGGAGCUUCCAUCACAACUCGGCUCUUGAAGUCAUUGAGAUCUCAUCUUGUGAGAAUUUUAAAUCCUUACCCAUGGGCAUAUGCAACCUCAGCCAUCUAGAUCGGAUUUAUAUUUCAAAAUGUCCAAUUCUUGAUUCUUUCCCAGACAGAGGGUUGCUCCCUACCAGCCUGAAAGAACUUACGAUUUCCAAGUGUGAGAAAAUGCAGGCCUUGCCCAACUGCAUACACAACCUCACCUCUCUUCAAAAAUUGAAAAUAUGGGAAUGUCCAAGCAUUGUAUCCUUUCCGGAAGUAGGUUUUCUAACCAACCUCACAUCACUUUCUAUCCAUAAUUUGGUGUCAUUUAAUGAGGACUUUUUUGAGCGGGGAUUGUACAAGCUUACCUUUCUCAAAGAACUUGCAAUUUAUGGUGGCUCUUCGCAUUUAAUGUCAUUCCCAGAGAUGAUGCUACCUUCCUCUCUAAUUAGCCUCUCCAUCGAAUGCUUUCCGAAUCUGGAAUACUUGUCUUCCAAAGGCUUUCAGUUCCUCAACUCUCUAGAAAAAUUGUUUAUUCGAAAUUGUGAAAAGCUCACAUCCUUUCCAGAGUAUUGCCUGCCUGACUCACUCCUGCAACUUUAUAUCAUUGGUUGUCCUCUAUUGGGAGAACGCUACAAGAAAGAUCAAGGACAAGAUUGGUUCAAGAUAGCCCACAUCCCUUUCGUUGAAAUUCAUUAGAGGUUCAUCUAUGAACCAAAAGAGGAGAAUCAGUGAAUCCAAGUUUUGUUUAGACGCAAGUCAAGUUUCAAGAAAUAAAUCCAAAGGAUCGUAGGUGUUUGUUAAAAUGCCUAAACGACCACAUAGAGAGAAGAGGCCACUGAAUAUUGAGUUUUUCAUUAUUAAUCGAUGGCCAUUACAGAUUUGACCAAUCACUAGGACCCUCCAUAAAUAGAAGUAGAAGGGAUUAUCCUGAUGCUGUAUCCCAUGAACAAACAGAUCCUGAUUAUGAAUAUAGAGAGAUGAAGUGGAUGAGGAUCUACAAGCUUGGCUUGCUGCCAUCGUUUUUGAUAGUUUUAGCCGGGAACAUGGCUCUGGUGGAUCAUAUGUGGAACCAACACGGGCUCGGCAGUGUCAACUUUCGUGGUUUGUGUAGGGAUUUGCAUUCGGGUUCGGCGAGUCUCUUGCAUUGGAGUUGGAAGGGCAAGUUGCCGGCUCGACUCUACGCCAACCAGCUGUGCCCUUUGGAUGUGUUAUGGGCUCCUUAUGAUCUGUUGUAGACAUAGUUCACAAUCGUGUCCUAAAAAUGGUAUCAAUUGAUUUUUCACUUGGUAAAUCUUUUUUUUUUCUUGCUAUUUUUUGAAAUUUUGAGAGGAAUUGAGCUAUGGCUAACUAUACGUGAGAUGAGAAGAAGAGAUUGAAAUUUUUGGGUGAAAGAGGAGGAGAAACUGUUUCGAUGAAGAUGAGAAACAAAGGUAUUGGAGAAGCUGAGAAACCAAAUAAAGAAAC